CCAACGGUCAUAUUUUCUGGCUAGGGUUUCUGAAACGUUUCUCCUCUUCAUCCCUAACCUCACCUCACUCAACACACCCAUAUAUAUAUAUACCCAAUACCUUACAUUUUCUACUCAAUCACACUUUCCCAAUACAUUUCUUUCUGCAAAUCAUUCUCAGAUCACACAAUUUAUCAAAACAGCUUGUUUUGAAUUUAAUCGCCAUGGAUUUUCACACCCUCAACAGGAGAGAGCUUCAAGCUCUGUGCAAGAAGAACAAAAUCCCCGCUAAUCAAACCAACAUUGCCAUGGCUGAUGCUCUCCAAGCUCUUCUUCCACUGGUUGAAGGAUUAGAGGAGUUCUUGAGUCAACCCAGAUCUGAUGAUGCCCAGGUUGAUGAAGAUUUGGUUCUUUUGUCACCAGAUCCCAAAACUUCUUGCAGAACCUCUACAAGAACCCGAAAACCAGUAUUGCCAGAACCCGAAACCUUGCAGCCAGGGACUCGAACUCGACGGGGAACUGUUGCUACUCCUGCAGCUAGGAGUACUCGUGGAAAGGUUCCAUCUUCCACUGUUAAGGAUCAGAUUUCGGUGCAGAAAACCGCAGCUUAUAGCACUAGGCGCUCGGUUAGAACACUUGAGAAAACCAUGGAGAAUUUGACUCUUGCUUCUAGCCGAAAGUCCAAGGAUUUCUCUGAAGAGAUGGCUGAUGCUGCAGAGAAAAUGGAUGCUGAGAUUGAAAAGGAAGUUUCAGAAAAAACCCAAGAUUUGAAUGUGUCAAAUGAGGUAAAGGAAGUAGCUAAUGAUAAGGAUAGUUUGGUUGAGAUAGAAGUGAAGGCUUUGGUUGAACAAUCUGAUGAGACUAUGGAUGUUGAAGUUGAGGCUAUUGAUGAAAAGGAAGUAAUUGAUGCCCCACUUGCCAAGGAAGAUUCAAUUGAAGAAAAAGUAUCACUUGAGGAUUCAACAGAAGUAAUUGAUGCCCCACUUGCCAAGGAAGAUUCAAUUGAAGCUCAAGAGUCUUCAUUUGAUGAGUCAAAUGAUGCCAAUCGAGAUUUGGAAUCUGAGUCUGUAGUUGCUGAAAUUGCUGAAGUGAAGCCCCACAGUAUGACACUCAGUGGACCUGAAAUGCAUGUAUCAGACGAAGAUUUCGAUGGAAAGUUCGAUUUUGAAUCUGUAUCAGAAUCUAAAGAACUAUCUUCUGAUGUUGAACCCGAAGAAGAGGAAGAAGACGAGUUGAGCGAUGAAGACAGCACAGAAGAAGAAGAAGAAUCUGAGGAGGAUGAUGAAAUAACUGAAGGUGAAUCAUCAUCAGAAGAAGAAGCAGAUUCCAAAGUUUCUUUGUCAACACCAUCAUCAAUGGUCUCAGCUGCCAAACUUUCUGGGCAAUUUCCUCGUCCAACCAUUUCAACAACACCCCGAAAAUCAUCAAGCAAGAAACAAGCUGUCAUUCAAAUGAUUAUGGAAGAUGACAAUAGCAGGGUAUGUGAGAAUGAGGUUCUCAAGACAAAUGAGAAUACAACUAAAGAGCAGAAAAUUAUAUUUUAUGAAGAGAAGAGUCUAAGGCAGCUACAGAAAAUUCUCAAAGAAAAACUAAACAACCAAAAGAAUAAGCAAGAACUAGAGAAGACCACAAGAGUGCCAUUGCAGACAAUGCCAGAGAACAACAACAUGGCUGUGGAUGAAACUCAAAAGGGAUAAACCAUGGUUUUGCCUCCUUUUGCAGGGUUUUUGUUUCUGUAUUUUCUUCUUGAGGGAUAUUAUCUUCAAUGUCAACCUCUCUUUACUAUAUAAUAUUGUGACAAAGUGAUGAGCUUUUCAAA